AUGGCAGAGAUUCUCAUGCCAACGCACAACUGCCCAAAGCUUGAAAGCGCCUUCAAGACCCGGAACAGUCAGCUGGUGGGGCCAGCUAAGGCUAAGGGCCUGAAGAACGCCUUCAAAGAGCCGAACCUGGAUCAGGUGACCGCGAUCUUGGAAGGCAUGGCGAUAGCACGCCACACUUACGACGAAGCCUACAAGGUCGUCGGGGAGACUGGAGCCAUGCUGCUGGGUGAGGGGACGGAGUCUGAGAUCGCGGAGUUCGGCUUCGCACUGUCCCUCGCCGUGCAGCGCGCACCGAUGCCCGGCCAUGUCACAGCAAUCGGGGGUCAGGUCAUUUUUUGA